GCGGUGUGUUUGAAAGUGAGGCCAAAGAGGGUGGGAGCGCGUGCUGUCGGGAGUUGAGAGGCUGGACGCGCGGGGCUGCUGGCCCUCAGGCCGAGUUAUGUCGCACAAACAGAUUUAUUAUUCGGAUAAAUAUGACGACGAGGAGUUCGAAUACCGGCAUGUCAUGCUGCCCAAGGACAUAGCCAAGCUGGUCCCCAAAACCCAUCUGAUGUCUGAGUCUGAAUGGAGGAAUCUGGGCGUGCAGCAGAGUCAGGGAUGGGUCCAUUAUAUGAUCCAUGAACCAGAGCCCCACAUCUUGCUGUUCCGGAGGCCACUGCCGAAGAAACCAGACAAAUGAAGCUGGGAGCCACUUGGCAGCCCUGGGCUCCAACAGCUGCCCUUCGUUCCUAACACCCUUCUGAUAACAUUACAUCGCCUUCCUGUUCCUCACUUGGGUAUUUAAAGGAUGUUCAGUACACUGUGGGAAUGUGGUGCUUGCCGCUUGGCUUCGCCUCACCAGCCAGAGGAGUACUCUGUGAGCCACAGCCACGCGUGGUCCUGCAGAGCAUGCCAGGCGGAUGGAGCGGGCCUCCGAGAGGAAGACCCUGGUGUCACCGGGAUCCUGUAACCUCACUGUUUCUGUUUUCGUUUUCUGCCAGAUGUUGUACAUAUGAGGACUUGAUUUUUUUUUUUAAUGUUGCGAUGUAUUGCAAACUUCUAUUUUAUGUGAGAAAUCUGCUCCACCUUAAAAGCCUUGAUUAAAGAGAACAUUUUUAUAAAUCUA